UUUAACCUCAAUCCAAAAUACGUUUUAUUUACGUUUUUUUCUGUUUUCUGUCCAUCAACAUAUUCCAUCAAUUUCUUUUGCCUUCAAUUUGUGUGGCAGUUUUAGUUUUUAAAUGUUUAGAUUUUAAAUAGCAAACAUUUCUCAGUAGACAGUUGCUGCGUAUUUCAACACGAGAAAGCGUGUAGCGGCGGUCUAUCAAAAGGAUCGGCGUCGUCAAAGUUGAUGUAAAGAGCAACCCAAAUUAGAUGGGAAACAGCGAGCGAGGCGUGCAAACCCCGACAAUGCAAGCCUCCACACUAGCAAUGAAGCGCAAGCAACUAAUUUUUGACGAAUCCCAAAGCAAGCUGAGCAGGAGCUCAUGAUUAGAAAAUGGCCCUUCACGUCCCGAAAGCACUUGGAUUUGCUUCCAUGUUAAAGGAAGGCGCUCGUGCUUAUUCAGGCCGAGAGGAGCAGUAUACCGGAACAUAUACGCCUGUAAGGUGCGCUCGGAAUGAACAAAAUGAUCAUCAAUCACAUCGAGAAGCAGUUCGUCACUUCCUAUGCGGGCACCAUCAGGGAUGUCGAACAUCCGGCAGCCAAACUGAUGAUCCAGGUCAGCCAGAUGCAGGAAGCCCAAAUGGGAGAUGUUUUCCAUCUUCGUGGUGGUGUUUUGCGGGGCGUUGCUGGAGGCCGCUUAAGAGCUGCUUCGAUUGGGAGUGAUGAUAUUACCGAAGGGUAUGAGAGAACCCUGGAUCUGGCUUUGGAAGCUCUACCAAGUCUGGUUACAGUGCAAAGAUGACGACCGUUUCGCCAAACACAUGACGAAACACGGGCGCAUAUUUGGUUUCAUUCGUCAGGUUGAUGACUACAUUCUGGAGGAACCGAGUUUCGCCGUGCGUUUGGACUACCGUCCCGAUUACGCCAGAACGUUGGUGUACGUGCGGAACGUAUCACCCCAUUCGGUGUUGCGACUCAGCAUGGCCUAUAUCCACCUGGCAGACGGUCACAUGAAGAUGCUGAUUGAAAGCGAGAUGCGCCUUCCUUGGGGUACGGUUUCAAAGUUUUGCUUCGACAGUUGCCUGCUUUCGGAGCUGGAUAGAAGCUACGGACUGAUAUUGGUUGGACUGGCGGACUCAAAGACAGAAAUAUUGGAACUUUACCACCUGCAAGUGACCGUGUUGAGUCAUUUCGUGAAAGAGCAGCUAAUUUUGAAGAAACCAACGAUUCAUUGUCCGCCGUUGAAUCAGUAUCCGGUACCGAUGUUGAUCAAACAGUUGUAUAAGCACGACUUUUCAACGAAAUCUAAAUUUGAUGGCGCGAAGCAACUGCUGGAUCAGUUGGCUAAAUUCAAGGAAGAGGCCUUGAAUAAGGGGAACUAUAUUAAAUAUUUAACUGUACUGAACCAGAUAGAGGACUUUGAUAUUCAAAUGGAAUAUACUAAGUACAAAAUCGAUGAAGCUAGACUAGUGCCCGGUAUUUCAGAGAAGUAUUAUCGUUUGUCGAUCGAUCAAUUUCAAACGGCACCCACCCUUUUGAAUGAUGACUGCACGGUAAGGAUGAUCAUUCCCAGCGAGUUCGAACCCCGUAGCUUUCUAGAAACUAUCCAUGAGAUCAAUCCAGAUUACAUGUUGAUUCAUGUAAACACCAUUCUUGAACCGUCUCCAACCUACACGAUUGUGUUUGAAUGCAGUCGGCUCUUAUUUCAGCUGGAAUACUAUGUCCUAUCUUUGGUGAAGGAAAUUGACUUUGAAAAAACAUUGUUCCCUAAGCCACCGAUGGAAAAGAAGAUCAUAUACGAGAGUUUUCAAUGGUUCAACAAAUAUGUCGCAACAAAUCACGAGCAGCUGUCUGCUGUGCGAAAUAUCGUGAAUCGGACUUCGUUCCCUGCUCCGUACAUAUUGUUUGGACCACCCGGUACUGGAAAAACUUCAACUAUCGUAGAGGCAGUUUUACAAAUUUGGAAACUACAACCCAAAGCCAACGUUCUCGUACCGGCAGCUUCAAAUUUCGCCUGUGAUGAAUUCACCACGCGCCUGCUGGAAUUCAUUCCCGCCACCGAUGUGUUCCGUUUCGUAUCCUUCGUAUCGAUUUUGCUGAUAACGGAACAACACCUUCGUUCUCAAAGAGCAGUGGAGGUUUUGAGGAAGGUGGUGAGUAUCGUCGCGGCCCCGACUACGAAUAUCCGGAAGGCGGUGCAUCAUACGAGGAAAAUUCAUCGUACGGCUAUGGUGGAAGUGGAAGACCGUUCCGCGGCCGUGGAGGAUUCCGCGGACGUGGUGGUUUUUAUCGUGAUGGCCCACCGCACCACGGGGACAAUGAUGAAUGGCGUCGAUCAGGAGUCGAUGGCAAAUAUGAUUCACGCCGUCGUUCGUGAACCAGGAAUCGAUAGAUCUAGCUCCCGUUCACCGAGGCGACGCAGUCCGGCUGAUUCUGAUUCGUCUUCUUGUAUGAAUGGCAUGUUAUCGAAUGCAAGAACGUUACCAGAAGUGGCACGGAAAUCUACCACAUUGCACCUAACGGACGGAGACCACGAAAUAGUGGACAGCCUGAUGAAGGACGAGGAAGGUAAACACCACCUUCGUAUUACUCAGCGACUACGCCUCGAUCAACCCAAGUUGGAAGAUCUGCAGAAGCGCAUAUCGACGUCAUCGUCGCACGCAAUCUUCCUCGGCCUGCUGGGAUCGACGUCAUCGGUAGCAUCGUCGGAUGAUGCCAGCGUUCAGACGCGUCCACUGCGUAAUCUCGUGUCCUACCUGAAGCAGAAAGAAGCGACCGGCGUUAUAUCCUUACUCAAUAAAGAAACGGAAGCAACCGAUGUGCUCUACUCAUUCCCGCCAUGCGAUUUUUCGACAGAAUUGUUGAAACGAACAUGUCACAACCUCACCGAGGAGGGACUGAAGGAAGACCAUCUGGUAAUCGUGGUGGUCCGAGGAGGAACAAUCCUCUGA